AUGGUCUUGCUGAUCAUGAUGAUUGGCGUUGAGAAAGGACUCCAUGAGGCGCUGUUUGAUAUUGUGUUGAUGCAGCUUCAGUUUGCUCUCGUGUUCUUCACAUUUCAACAUGGCAAAAAAGCUCAUUACUACGGCAGAUUCUACUCACGCAGUCAUUUCAUAAAGGCUUUUCAGUUGACAGUGCUCUUGCUCAUCUACCACAUGUUUGGAUUUACACAUUUGUUCAUCACUUUCUCGAUGUGGUUUAUGGUGGGGUCAUGGCUUUUUGCUCCUUUCUUGUUCAACCCUUCUGGUUUCGAGUGGCACAAAAUUUUUGAAGACUGGAAAGACGGGACGAAGUGGGUAUAUGCACAUGAUUUUGAGGGAAUGGGUGUUCGUAUAGAGAAGACAUCACGUUUCUUCAUUGUUCACUAUGGGCUCGUCUAUCAACUCACUGCCUUUGAAGACAAUCACAGUAUAUGGGUGUAUGUAGCUUCUUUACUGAUUGUUGUGAUGAUUAUGCUCAUUGUGACGGCAGUUAUUGGGCAAGGAAAAUCCAGGCAGGACAAACUCACACUGUGGGUUCAGGACAGUCAAAGUUGCUGCUUUCCUCGCACUCUUGGGAAGCUUCAUUGUCAUCGCAGCCUUGGGAAGCUUCAAAGACAUCUGCAUCUGCCUUCUGGCAUUCAUCUGCAUAGGAUGGGGAGUAAUACUUAUUGCACAAGCUUGCAAGCCUUUAAGUCAACGUCUAGGGCUCUAGUCAUUGAGAUUCAGACGGGGGUCCUUUUCAACCAAGCUUUUAGCAGAGGUCUAAAGGUCUCACAUAUACUCAGUGGCAAGAGUUCUGCUUAUAAGAUGGAUUGA